AUGGAGGCCAUCCCUUCGCUCGCCUGUCGUCUCGAUGGGUUUUACGAUCAGCUUGUCACUUUGAUUAGUGGGACAGCUCAUGUGCGGCCAACGCUUCCAGAUGGGACUGCGAUGCCUGAAGCAGUGACUGCGGGCGAAGCUGCUGGGUUCACUGCCGAAACUCUGGGGAUUAUUGGUAAUCACUGCGAUCCGCUAACCUACGGAGAUGGCGUCGAUCCAGAGGCAGUGUUCAUUCCCGUAAGUCAUGGGCAAGUGAAGUUCAAGAUGUUCAAUGUGAUUGAUAAGUUCGGCAGAGGAGUGGAAGUUGUUGAUGGAGACGGCCUCCUGCCAUCUAUCUCAUCAGUGUACCAGCCGUCAUCUCACAUGGUCAACGGCAAAGAGACGCCCAAUGUCGUGGUUUCCACCGGAGACAAUUGUGACCGGGGGGAGACUGGCCAAAGCACAUGGAGGCCUUGCGGCGAGUGGGAUGAUCCGGUUUGCGGUUACAUCAUGUACAACAGCGCCGAUCUUUCGUUACAAGCGUUCACAUCUGCUGGGGACCUUCGUGCAGAGAUCCUGACUUCUGAGGGCAACGCCGCCGCAAGAGUCGCUCAAGUGAACCAACCUCCCAUGAGCGAUGGCCUUUUCGAGCCUCCUAUGAUGGAUACUGCCGAUGAGUGGAAGAUAAAUAUCCUGGACGACUUCAUCCAAAGUUUGAAGGCGAAUCAUUAUGCUCUGCGUAUGAUCGAGAUACUAGGCGAUGCUUCCAGCUGUAUGGCACCCCCUGCAGAAUCCUAUCCCAGCGUCAUGAACGCCGCCUUUGGUCGUCCUUUUGCGUUGGUCAUCGCUGGAUGGUCGAUUGAACUGAAUCACGAGGAGCUGCAGCCCCAGACGAGUCUUCGGAACCUCGCUGGGAAAUCCUAUUCCAAGCUUUCUGAUUACGACCUGCCUCUCCAUCUCGGGCUGAAAGAAUACUCCGACGAUGGUCUGGCCGCGUAUAUGUCUUUGCGGUCAGACGUCCCAAAGCGGCCAGACUUCGGCAAGAUCUUUACGUUCUGGCCCAGCGGCGUGCCUGAAGUCGACCUGAACGAAGACUUCACAUGCCACCCUAUACAUCCUAUCUACCCUGCCGACCCUGAAAGCCCGUCAUGUCGACUUGUUCCAAGAUGGCCGCCUACUGGAAGUAGAUGA